AUGACGAGCAAGAGCAAGCUCCGCGUCAUCACCCAGAAAGCAACUGAGAAACCUGCGACGCACCUGCCAGCUCUGAACCCUCGUCGUACAUCUGAACCCUCGUCGUACAUUACUGAAUGCACAAUUCGCUUUUGGACACCAUACAAGAUCUUAGGGCGGGUGGCAUGCCGCUUCCUGCGUCUCGCCUGUAGUGAGGAAGACCACCCGCUCUUCCGCCGCGAGUACGCUAGGAACAACCGCGAGCGAGGCGUCAAGCUGCUGCGGUGCUUCCCACACUGCUGCCCAGAGCACGCGAGACGCAGCUACUGCGGCUGCUCCGUGCACGUGCUCGUCACAUUUUCAGUAGCUAUUCCACCACCAGAUAUAGUCCUGGUCUGCGCGCGCUUCGAGCCCACACGUGUGGCUCCUCUAUGGCCUGCUGGCUUAGCCGAUUUAGCUCGUACCGUGGGUGCUACAGGAGGCAGACAGGAAAACAAAUGUAGACUGGAAAUUGGGGAAAGAGCGGCGCUGCCCGAGAGUUUGUUUGGUUACGACAGUAGCGUGACGAGAACUCAGCGCGAGAUGACGCAUCACCUGGUCGCGUACGUUUUUCAAGUCCUUCCAGGUCGUGUCCCGAUGACGCAGCAGAGUCAGCAAGCUGAUAACGUCGUUGUGCUCGCAAGACACGCGUCGCCCGGCUUCUUGCUCGUGUCGUACCGGCGAUCAGGCGGUUCGUCUGGACAUCCUGGCUGUCCGUUUCCCGCGAUCGACGCGCCUGCUGAUACCACGGAAGUAUCGUCAUCACAGCUUUUAUCGGCAUCGUGGAAAGUGCAAGCGCACCAACAGCAGCAUCUUCAACAGCAACAAUGGCUACAACAACAGCGCUUGCAACAGCGCCUUCAGAAUCUGAAUCAGAUGGAGCACGAGACCAGGCAAAGACAGCAACAAGGACGUCUCCGGUCGGCACAGACUGCUCUUUCUGCUGGCUCUGCUUCGUUUGCUCGGGAACUUAACAUCCCGACGACUCGAGACGACAACCAGAGUCGUGAUGUAACCACCCCAAGACCAGUCGUCGGAGACGUGGACUUGUGGCAGCAGGAAGCCGAAGCGACCGCUCCGGGCUUUCGGGAGAAGGAGCAGCAGCUUUUAAUUCUCUAUUAUUUCCUAGAGCACGUCACCUUGAACGAUUUAAAUGUCGGUGCUGAGUCAGUGGGGGUGCAUACACGUCCACAUUGGCUACGUGCUGCUGCGGCGUUGCGCGCGCCGGCGUUUGUAUCAAUCGCCCAACUUGAAGGCGUCGUCGCCUCUUUCUUGAGAAAUAUUUUCGAAGCGACACCGAGGCUAAGCCACGCAUACAGUUGCGAACACGCUACGAUUCGGGUGUGUGGGUAUCUCUUUAUACGAGCACUGUGGUCUCGAGCGGUGCAGCAGUGUGUUCGCGCUGUCUUUCGAGCUGAAGACACAAGAACGAGCCAACGGAUGCUGCGUGAGAAGUUCGUGGCAUUUAUUGUAGACCUGUGGGAGAUUCUGAGUGGCAUUCUGCGGGAAGUGGUGGCAGCAAAAGAUGAUGACGCAUUGUGUCUUAAUCAGGCCCAUACGCUACCUGCGCUUGUGGACGACGUCAUGUCGAUUGUGUAUAGACAGAGCCGCUUUGGUGAGACCCGAGCAAAGAUCUCUGCGCUAUUACUCGAUCUACGGACGCCCAGCUCCUUAACUGGCGCAGUAAACAGAGCUUUCCGAGUGUUUACGGCACAGUUCCAAGAUGUAGUGGGCCUUCGCCAGCAACUAACACGUGGCUCUAGUAACCAGACGGAGCGUCAAUGGUGUCGUCGUUGGCUCUUAGAGCCUGGCUCUUUGCAAGUUGUGGAGGUGGCAUCAGGAGCAAGUUUCUCGAGUUCUCUGCUGAGUUUGGCGCAGCUGGUCCGCGAGUUAGGCUGCGUUGACGUUAAAGUAGCCCAAGGCGCAAUGGCAUUGCAAGCGGCUGUUGCACUUCUGACGACUGCACCUAUGGAAUUGCUGCUAGAUGGGAGACUUCGCGUGUUUCGAGCGCUGCCUAGUGGGACCUCAUCGAGAUUACCAAUCGGAGGAUGGUCAGUUGGUGAUUACUGCGCCACGCUCUCUCAUAACGGCCUAUCCAUCGACGUGCAUUUCUUCGCUUUCGACGAACGUGGUGGCAACAGUGGAGUAAGUUCGAAGAUGAACGUUCGCCGAGUCAGUCUCUCUUUAGCGCUGGAUGAUACGGAGACGAGGGACCAGUUCAUUAUUGUUCAAGGAAAUGUGUGCAGACCGAAGGACGAUGGGCAAGAGGAUCGUGUUGGUGGCUUGAACAUGUCGAACUCCGAUCGAGCAAUGUUGUGGAAUCAGUUGGACUGGACGCCGAUUCUCGAAAUUCAGGCGGGCUACGUCGCUUUAUGA